AUAAUGGUCGGACAUAUGUCGCAGGCGGGUGUCAGGCAGCUGACUGAUCAGGGAGGAGCUGUGAGUCCUGGCUGCAGCUCGUACAGUUCAUUUUAGUGCUGAUGGCAGCGGUGUGACAGUCAACUCAACCUCGUCAAAAACAACCAGAAGGAACAGAAAACACAGCAAACGGGCCGCUUUAAGACAUUCACUGUAGACAAACAGGAGUUUACAACGAUGGGGAGCUGGAAGAAUCACGUUCGCGGUCGACUUCAGCAGAGAGACCUGGCAGAGAAAGUUCCGUUCCUCGGCGUCUUCUCCAGCUUGUCUCAACUAGAGGAACGUUUUGAAGUUCGCGAACAGUUUCUGGAUGAUGUUCAGACAAAAAGAUUAGAACGAGGUGGAGUUGAAGUUGGUAAAAACACCAGACUACUUCAGCUCCAGCUGAGAGAGAAUGAACACCUGGCAGAGAAGCUGUCUCAGACCGUCUCUGACCUGACCACCGUCCUCUAUCUGAAGGAGGCUGAACUGCAGUACUGGCAGUCCCGGGUGUCCCACUACCGUCAAGAGGCACUUACUCUGGCUAAAGGGAGCAACACCCUGAAGGCAACACUCUCGGAGUUUGAGUACACUGUAGAGUGUCAGACCAAAGAGUUGGCAGCACUGCGUGCCGAGCAGAAAGGACUGAAGGAAGCAUCAGCAGAAGCUUUAAGAGAGAAAGAAGAACUCCUGCAACGAUGGAUGGGGGAGAAGAGCGAGGAGGCGGACCGGUUGAACAAGUACAACGACAUGCAGGAAAGGUGGCAACGUUUGGCCAAGCAGCUGAAGAAGCACCUCCGGAAGGAAAGGGGUGAAGAUGUUCCCAUGGUGACGGGUUCUUCUUCAGAGGAUCAAUAAAACCUCAGAGAUACACUGGGGACAUUCAGACCACAACUGUGUCUGAGCUGCGGCAACAGUGUAAUAUUCCCACGGGACCCUGAACACAUCACUCAUCAGCAGCAGCAGGAUUAACUCGCAUGUGACCUCAGAACAAUGAACAGAAAGAGACCGCUUACAACUGGAAGUGUUGUGAGAAAUGGUUUCUGUAUCUCUUGUAGUUUUUUUCUUUUAUUUGCCUGAAAUAUCAGAUUGUCUAAAUACAAAAUUGUUUUGUUUUUUUUACUUCGUUAGAGUGCCUGAUUUAAACAACAUUAUGUAACUUUUCAAACCUCAGAUAACACGUUCAGAGUAGUUUGGGUCUUGUAACAGGGUGAAUAGUGUCACUUGUUUUUGCACUAUGUAACUCCUUCAGUGAGAGUCUAGGAUCACAGCGUUACAUGUUUACUUAAACAUACAAGUUUUCAACACUUGAUAUUGUUAUGAUGAGUUUUGUUUGUAUUUACCACGGUGGUGUCACACUCAGAGACUGUAGUGGGAAACCAAACUGCAUGUGUAUAUGAGAAGAAUUCAAUAACCCUUACAGCUAACUUUUGAAAAACAUUUUAAAUAUUUUGAAAAAGUCAAAUAUCUUAAUAUGAUGGAAAAACAAACUAUCCCAAAUUAAUGUGUUACUCACACUUCAUAGUAACCAUCAUUGAUAAAUGGUAAAUUCACCAGCAAGUAUUUAUUGAUGAUGGGCAUUAUAGUGCGUUAGCUGUUAUUGUAUAGAAGUGUGUGUAUGGUGUCAAAAGAAAUAAAGUUAUUUAUGUGCUGA